AUGGAAAGGGAAUCACAGAAAACCAACCAUUGGAUUGUAAGGCGUGCAGGUGAAUAUGACUACGAGGUUAAGCAUAUAUCACUAAAUGGAGAAAAACAUGCUGUCAAUCUUUCCAAGAAAGAAUGCUCAUGUAGAACGUGGAUAUUGACAGGGAUGCCAUGCUGUCAUGCAAUGUCAUACAUGAAGGAUCAAUAUUUACAAAUUGAUGAUUUUGUUCCUGACUCUUAUAAGAAGGAACUCUAUGAAGUUUGCUAUUCAUCAGUUAUUUAUCCAGUUAAUGGGGAAGCUUUAUGGACUAAAUCUAAUGCUGUUGAUCUCCAACCACCACCAAUAAAGAAAUAA